AUUCCCGGGGCGAAUUGGCGGGGCGCGGAAUGGGUUGGGUAUGGAGCGCUCGUGGUGGAAGCAGGCACGCUGCGCCCCGUUUCUCCCGCUGCUCCUGUGUCUGGGGGCUGCUCUCCUGCCAGCGGGCCGGACUAGGUCGCACUCGCUGCGCUAUUUCACCACCGGAGUGAGCCGGCCCGGCCCCGGGGUGUCCGAGUUCACGUCUGUGGGCUACGUGGACGACGUGCAGUUCGUCAGGUUCGACGGCGAUGGGAGACGGGGUCGGGCAGAGCCACGGACCCCGUGGAUCCGGGACAACGAAGGACGGGAAUAUUGGGACCAGGAGACAGAGAUCUUCAGGAGCGGGGCGCAGAAUUUCCACGUGGGCCUGCAGAACAUCAUGGGCUACUACAACCAGAGCGAGGAGAGGUCUCAUACCGUUCAGGGGCUGUAUGGCUGCCAGCUGCGGGAGGACAACACCCCCGGCGAAGGGUUCAUGCAGUUUGGCUACGACGGGCGGGACUACAUCGCUCUGGACAAGGCCACACUGAGCUGGACGGUGGCGGACGCCGGGGCCCUCAACACUAAGAGCAAGUGGGAGGCCGACGGAACCAUCGCCGAGCGAUACAAAGCCUAUCUGGAGGACGAGUGCAUUGAGUGGCUCCGGAGAUACAUGGGCUUCGGGGGGCCCUGCCUCACUCGGGCAGAUCCCCCCAAGGUGGACGUGAUCCGUCACCCCGGCCCCGACGGGGAGGACGUCAGCCUGCGGUGCCGGGCCUUCGGCUUCUACCCGGCGGACAUCAAGUUCAUGUGGAGGCGGGAAGGGGAAGACGUGAGCCUGCAAAUGGAGCUGGUGGACACGCGGCCCAGCGGAGAUGGCAACUUCCAGAAAUGGGCGUCGGUCAGCGUGCCCCGGGGAGAGGAGCUGAAAUACGUCUGCGUCGUGGAGCAUGAGGGCCUGGCCCAGCCCCUCGCCGUAAAGUGGGUUCCAGAUACAUCCCUGUCCAAUAAGGCCACUGUGGGGGUUAUGAUCGUCAUCCUGCUCAUCCCCGUGGCCGUGGUUGGGUUUGUCAUCUGGAAGAGGUCAGGUCCCAGAGGAGGGAACUAAUCCCCUGCAAGCUCUGACUCUUCCAUUCCCAUGAAAGCCUCAGCCUGAGGGAGUGGCCUGCGUGGGACGGAGGAGCCGACCUCCCCCACCCUUCCUGCUGACCACGUUCUCCACCUGCCAACCUAAAAGUUCUGAACACUCCAUCAACUCUCCUCGACCAUGUCCAAGCACCCCCAGCUGCUCCUCCCCAAACCGUAGUGUCCCUUGAUGAAGGUUUCAGCAAGAGCCCGUCCAUAUCCAAUCUAGCUUGCGUCCCCUCCACUCUACCUUUUUUAUUACCCUAUUUAUUUUGUUAAUGAGGUGUACAUCCCCUUGAUUCUGUUUAUUGCUAUUGUUUCUGUCUGUCUGACUCCCCCGAUUAGACUGUAGGCCCGUCAAUGGGCAGGGAUUGUCUCUGUUGCCGAAUUGUACAUACCAAGCGCUUAGUACAGUGCUGUGCACAUAGUAAGCGCUCAAUAAAUACUAUUGAAUGAAUUACCUUAUAAGGACCACUCCUAGGAACUGCUUCUGAAUGGAGGGUGGAGUUCUGGGCAACGCAAGACGAUUGGGUGGGAUUUGGGGUGUGCACUGGAAGAGUUGUGGUCGAGUGGAACGUGGAAAUGCUUGCAAAUAAAGGUAGCGAGUUGGGAACGG